UUUCGCCAGGUCCAGCGGCCGAUCAUGCCCCUAUUUAUAUUCCGCCGGGUCCAGCGGCCGAUCAUGCUCCUAUUUAUAUUCCGCCGGGUCCAGCGGCCGACCAGACCCUAUUUGGAUUCUGCUGGGUCCAGCGGCCGAUCUGGCCCAUUUUGUAAUCCGCCGGGUCCAGCGGUCCCAUGGCUAUAGUCAAACAACAAUCACAAACACAAUCAGCUGCAACCAGGCCAUUACACAUCAUAAACCCACACCAAAUUCUUAUUCCCAAAUUAUCACCACCUCCGUAUACACAAAUACAAUUCCCAUCAUAUUCUCAAUUGAAUCACACUAUCAUCAUAUAUUUCUCACACGAUCCACAUACUCAAUCACACUGCAUAUCCCAAGUUAAGGUGAAUCACAAAUGGCCAUAUUGCUCAGAUCCGUUCACACAAUAUAGCAAUACCGAUUCCUUAAUUUAACUACCCCUACAUUCAUCUUAAAUAAUUUCUAUAAUUAUAACACAUGAUUUCACAAGGGAAUAGAGUAUUCACAUAUCAUACAUACAUACAUAUAUAUAUAUAUAUAUCAUUUCACAAUGGAAUAAAGUACUCACCGACAACUUCAAGAAAGAUAGCUCACUGGGUUGAGCCUUCAGAGUACAAGAAUUCAGUCUCCUCGAUCCCUAUCCAUUACGAUCAUAAGAAUAUCACCAAUAUGCAAAAUAAUAUCAUAAUACACAUGUUGAUUAUGUCAAACAGCUUUUCCACUUUAAAUAAAGGUGAAAAAUACUUUAAUGAACAAGUCCUCCAUUAAUCCACUAAUGAGAACAUUAAAAAUAAAACUUCUUCUACCCCAUGAUCUCUCACAGAUUUCAUCUUCAAAAAAUUCAAUAAGAAAAGCUCCUUGCAACAUUACAACCCAUACGCAACUUCCACUUCUCGAAUCACCAUUCGAACACCUUUUUUUUUUAUAUAAAUUUACUCAACUCAACAAUAGGAACUUAUCCAAGGUUCUCCUUCACCAUUAUUAAUCACACCGUACAACCUCCCCUCCUUGCAUUCUUGCAUGACACGUUUCUCUUCAUCUCGUCAAGCAACCCCAUGAGACAUAAAGUCAAUAUCAAUAGUUUUAUCCCAGUCAUAUUACUUACCAUUCAAUAAUGAUUAAUUUGGAAGGAAAAUGCCGGAAAUCAUGUUAAUGAGUGAAUGACAACAAAAACAUUGCUUCUGUUCCAAGCGAUACUUCCUUAAAUUUAAGUGACCUCAAUGCAUUAGACCCAAAAUCAUCUUUUCCAUGAGCAAAUCUCAUAUUGCAGCAGAAUAAUAGAACAUUCAGAUAAUACCCGAUAAACCUAGGCUCAUGACAAGCAACUAAUGUAACUCGUUCAACUUGUCCCUAAUUCACUCACCUCAACUAAAUCCACAAAACUUCAUAUCAUCAGCAGGAGCUCCAAUUAAACCAAGAAUCAGAAUUCGAACCUCGUGUGAAUCGGAUAAAACGCCUAUCGUUCUUGGAGAUCAUUUUGAGUUUAAAAUCUUGAUGAUGCUCUUAACAAGUAAUCAGAAACAUGAUUCAGCUAAGUCCAAGGUAAUGCCUCGAGGUCAUCGACUGUCAAAAGUAGAGCUCCCACAUAAGCUACCUUAUGAUCAUCAAUUUCAUCUUGUUUGUAAUUUCAAACAAUAACAGAUCAGCAAGGCUCUUAGACAGAUAUAAACCCACCCCUAUAGCAAUUUCACAAUUCUUAUGCUUCAAUUUAGAUAUUGAUAUUAAAACUAAGAGCUAGGAAUUGCACUUACGGUGGCUCGAGUUUAAGGGUAACCCAUGCUGUUACCUCUCCUUGGACAGAGAUAGGAAUACACAUUGAGAAAGGGACCAUGCUUCAGUUCGAUCUCCGAAUCUCUCUCUCUUUCUCGAUCGAGCUUUUCCUCUUCGACCUCUAUCUCUCUCUCUCGUUCCCUCAUGCUCUGUUUCCCUUUUUUCUUUUUUUUUUCGUUUCCCCCUCCUCAGUUGAAACAGAGCAGAACUAGAAGGAAAAAGAAAGAAGGGAAUGGCGGUGGGAAAAUGGGGUGGUCUGCAAGACCACGUGGAGCCCAUUCAACCUUUUCUUUUCUUUUUUUUUCGGCUCCAGCAACGUGUAUGAUAUAUAUAUAUAUAUAUAUAUUUAUGUAAGCAUGUAAGUAUAAAUAUAUGUUCUCUAUUUGAAAUUAAAAUGUCAGGUCUCACAGUACUUGCUUGUUCGCUUGGUUGAAUCACAUUCAUGCAUUGCACGAGUAAACUGCAGAGGAGGAGGAUACGUCCAAGUCCAAGACACCAAAGAGGACAGUUGACGUCGUUUGGGAGGUGUUCUGUGGAGAUCACAUGGACCACGACGACUCCUCUCCUGUUUCCCUCUCCAUCUCCCACGACCGCCUUGCCCAGGUCCGCAUGAUGGAAGAGGCUCUCCGCUUUGCCUCUAUUCCUUCAGUGGAGGAGGAUCCGUUCAAGUCCAAGACGCCAAAGAGGAUAGUUGAUGUUGGGUGCGGGACAGGCGGCGGAUCCGUAUACCUUGCCAUAAAAUUUGGAGCUAAAUGCUGGGGCAUCACCCUCAGUCCCUUCCAGGUUGAGAAGGCCAAUGCGCUUGCCUUAUCGCAGGGUUUAUCUGGCCAGGUUUCCUUUCUAGUUGGAGAUGCUUUGUCGCUGCCAUUUCCUGAUAGACAAUUUGAUUUGGUUUGGUCAAUGGAGAGUGCAGAACACAUGCCUGACAAAACACAGUUUCUCGAUGAAUUAUUAAGAGUUGCAGCCCCAGGGGGCUCAACUAUCUUUAACGCAAUGUGCCAUAGAGAUCUCAAGGCCGACGAAGAUUCCCUGCAGUCGUGGGAGAAAGAGAUUCUGGACAAGUUUCAUAAAGAUUAUCACCUCCCUUUGUGUUCUAGAGCUGAUUAUGUCAAAUUACUCCAGUCCCUUCCUGUCGAGGACGUUAAGACAGCAGACUGGACUCAACAUAUUGCCCCGUUUUGGACGGCAGUGCGGCGUUCUGCAUGGACAUGGAAGGGCCUCACGACUCAGUUGAGAAGGGGUGACUUUUCUUUUGCAGCCAUUUUUAACAUGGGGCCAUCCCAUCCCAAUCCCGCUAUCAAUUCCUCUAGCAGAAUUUCCAGACUAGUACAUUCACUCGACCCUCCAUUUUUAACAUCGAUCAAGCGUCUCAUACCGGUCCCACCAUCAAUUCAAGAUUUCUCUCAUUACCAAGAAUUGUAAUCUUACUGUCACCACCCGAAAUUUCAAUUGAAUUUCCCAUAUAUUUCCCUGAUAUCCAUUAUCACAUAACUAUUCACAUAAAUCUGGCUUUCCAUAGACUCCCAAAAAUAUAAAACCAAUCGAGCGAGCUCUAAUAUGAAUAUACAUCUCAAAAGAGAGUAAUUUUCUUUUCUCAACCACAUUACUAAACCAAACUAAACAAAAAUUUCAGGUCGUAACACAUUCAAUAUAUAUAUACAGAAAGAAUACUUAUCAAAUAACUAAGGUCCCUACCUAGUACUCCGAGCUGAUCCCCGAUAUCAAAAGAGUUCUCAUGUGCUGCUAAUCUAGCUCCUAACUCAUCUGAAAAAUAUAUGCAGAGUGUGAGCUGCAUUUCAGUGAGUACUAUAUUUUAAAGCAAAAUGAAUUAUUAUUAAAUAAAUAUUUAACCGCUAAGAACCCAAUCAUUCAAAUAAACAAUACAAUCACAUACAAUCCAACUAUCCGCUCACUCGCACACUUAUACGAUGUAGAUAUAUAUAUAUAUAUAUAUAUAUAUAAUAAUUUUUAUCCAAUAUAGUAACUCAAUUUAAGUCCUACUAACAAAUACACACAACUCUUCCAACCAUUUCUUUAAUAUCCAAUAGCACAUAAACAUCAAAUAUCCAUUUAUUUAGCAUUUCAUAAAAAGUCACUACACAAUGACUUAACAAAUCAAGUUUCAGCAACAACACGAUUUUCACAAAACAAUCUGAGACAAUUUCAACAAUCAUCACAUCUCCAACAAUCAGACCAGACAAUCAAUAUACAACACAACAAAUCAAUAUGGUCAUAGGGCGCAUUUCUUCGCAACCGCGUUAUAACUGGUACAGUGAAUCUGCACUUCAUCUUAAAAUCUUCAUUACUCACCUCACAACUUCUCAUAACCGGGGGCCACCCAUUAUCAAAUCUCCAACCUAACUUCUCUCUUAUAUCCCGUUGGAUCAGUGGUCUAGGCGUCAAUUUUAUAUCCCGCCGGUUCAGCAGUCUAGGCAUCCAUUUUAUAUCCCGCCAGAUCAGCGGUCAACCACACCCCCAAUCUUAUUCUGCUGAGUCUAAUAGUCCCAUGGCUUGGCUAUAACAAUUAAACAAUAUCAAUAUGCACCAGCACAAUCCCAAUGAUAUUACAAUGGUAUCAUAGUAUCAUCACAUAUCUCAUACACAAUCAACAUGCACAAUCACACUGCAUAUCUCAAGUAAAAAUGAAACAUAAGAGGGCAAUAUCUCUCAAAUCCUUUCACACAAUAUAGCAAGACCAAUUUUCUUAAUCUCUAACUAUCGCAAUAUUCUUCUUGAAUAAAUUAUAUAACUAUAAUACAUCAUUUCACAAGGGAAUAGAGUACUCACAUAUCAUGUAUAUAUAUAUAUAUAUAUAUAUCAUUUCACAAUGGAAUGAAGUACUCACCUAACACGAAAAAUGAUUCACCAAGCUUGACCUUCAGGGUGCACAAUCGAUAUCCUCAGCUCCUAUCAAUCAUGAGUAUAGUCUGAAAACAAGUUAUGCCUAACAAUCAUUUUCUCCACUAAUUCUCAUGCUAAAUCAUCCCGCAAUGGCCUUGGAGGAUCAACGAAGCUAGAACAUAAACACAACAAUAGCACUAGCCACCAAACACUCCAUAUAAGGCAACAACAAAAUUCUUAUUAUUAGAUUCUUACUCUAGGUAAUUUAUCAAGAUUAUUGAUCCAUCAUAACGUGCAUAUAUAUUGAGAACGAUUCAAACUAACUAGAUCAGCCCACAUAUCCUAAAUAUCCAAAGAAAAUAUUCUCAUCAUACUUAAAAAAAAAAAGUAAAUGUCAAAACCAGACUAGCUUAGACGACGACACUUAGAUCAACGAACGGAAUUAAUUCUAGAUCUCCUACUUUAUUUCUUUAUUUUAUCACUAAUGAGACAAGCUCCUAUAAGUUUCCAUAUGUGCAUAUUAAUAAGGUUAUAAGCACAAGAAUAGUGUAAGUAAUCAUAUUCCUUUACUAAUAAUUCGUUCCUCCUAAUAAUAAGAUGCCGAACAACACCUUUUUGGCCUCAACAAUAAAUAAAUCACCAAUUCACUCUAAUAGCUAACUACUUAAUUUUCCUAAGUUUUUCUAAUGAAAUUACCUAAACUUCUAAAAAGAAAGACCAGCAAUGUCUAGCACCUAACCUAUCAAUAACUAAACGGAAUUCAAGCUCAACUCCUGUCUUAAGCGUGACUAACAAUAAAGGAUUAGAAAACAAGCAGAAUCUGAAGUUCCUCAAUUCCAAAUUUAGCAAAUUUCCCACCGAAAAGAAUAAGAAAACAAUUCAUCCACCAUUACCAUCUCCAACAAAACAACACCAAUAAUCAUCAAGAAAUAAUUCUUGGAUAACUCAGAAAUUCUUCACUAGGACAAUUGGUGGAUAACCGAAAAUUUUCACUAAAAAGGACUCGACAAAAGAAAAAAAUUGUCGGAUGGGCAACCAAGUGAGCGCAUGUUGAUGAGCUAAACGUACCAAGACGAAGCUUCUACCACCAGAAAUCACUCUCUGAAGUUUCAUAGAAAACGGGUAACAACUCACCUUCCGAUCGACCCUGAAGCACCCCUUCACUUACCUGUUUCUGCAGAAUUUCAACUCUGCAGUCGCACCUCUGUUUCAGCUCUGUAUCACCACUUCCCGGCUCUAUUCUAUUCACCCCUCUUCAUCAAGUCUUGUUCUCUCUCUCUCUCGUGCCCUGUUUCUCUUCUUCCUCCCCCACCCCCACCCCCCACCCCCCCGGCAGAAACAGAACAGCACCAGAAAGAAAAAGAAAGAACUCAAUGGCGGUGGAAACGGGGGGAAAUUUGGGCCAUGUCGAGCCCAUGCCUCCAUUCUCUUUUUUUUUUUUUUUUCCUUUCCUUCUCCAGCAACUUAUAUUAUAUAUAUAUAUAUAUA